AUGGAGGUAACGACGGAUGACUCCCCAGUGGUUGAUGCCACUGGUACUGAGGAUGAAGCAGACGCUGUGUUCCCGGCGGAUCAACCCCAGAGUCAACAGUCCACUUCGGAUGUUGAUGAUACUGCGAACCCUAACAGGAAGCCUUCCAAAAAGAAGCGGAGACUUGCACAUCAAGGAGCCAAUCAGCUCGCCCCACAGCUCCGCGACAAAGCGAAACGAAUAAGCAGCCAAAUGUGUCAGAACACUUCUGAACCCUCUGAAGUUGGUCUCCCUGCGUUUGGUCGAAUGGACAUUGAUCCUGUAGUGUCUCCCCCUGUGAAUCCACGACGGGUGGAAGAUAGUGAUACCUCGAUGCCCGCCAUAACUACUACGGAGUUCCCUCCCCUGAGCGUCAUUACAUCACACCCUUCUGUUCCCGAUUGCGAUCUCCAGAAUAAGAAGCGACCGUUGGAAACGACCGAUGACGGCUCGGACGGCGAGUCCGCCCGUAAUUCGCCUUCCACCCGCAAGCAGAAGCAGUGUAAUGCGGAUGUGCUCGAGGAAACAAACAGUACAUGUAUUGACGUGACGACAGCCGCUGAGGCAACCCGGCCGCUGUCGGCGGCUGAACGGGUACAAACGGUCCACGGAGGGGACGCAGUAACGAUUGUCGCGGAGACGGAAGAGGCGCACUCCGUAGCACAAGAGGUGACGGAGCGGAACCCACCUCAAGAACUUACAGACCCACAAACCGCCGACUCAGUCAGUGCUCUGGAGCUAGUGACGGAAGAACAAGGAAAUGGCACUCGUACAAAGGACGCUGUUGAGGCAGCUUCGGUCACAACGGUGGUAAAGAUAGACAAUCCGAAUGACGGCGCGUUGAACCAAGAUGUUCGAAGACGCCGACUCAAACUGCAUCCUAAUCUCAAAGCUUCCCGUAACCAAAGCAAACAACAACCAGCACAAGAGGAAGCGACGGCCAAGAACGUCUUGUAUGAAAUCAUCACGGAAAGACCUAAGGAGGUACCUUCAAGUGACAUUAGUGAUGCAAAGCCCCUCGUGCCCGCCAUAACUACUACGGAGUUCCCUCCCCUGAGCGUCAUUACAUCACACCCUUCUGUUCCCGAUUGCGAUCUCCAGAAUAAGAAGCGACCGUUGGAAACGACCGAUGACGGCUCGGACGGCGAGUCCGCCCGUAAUUCGCCUUCCACCCGCAAGCAGAAGCAGUGUAAUGCGGAUGUGCUCGAGGAAACAAACAGUACAUGUAUUGACGUGACGACAGCCGCUGAGGCAACCCGGCCGCUGUCGGCGGCUGAACGGGUACAAACGGUCCACGGAGGGGACGCAGUAACGAUUGUCGCGGAGACGGAAGAGGCGCACUCCGUAGCACAAGAGGUGACGGAGCGGAACCCACCUCAAGAACUUACAGACCCACAAACCGCCGACUCAGUCAGUGCUCUGGAGCUAGUGACGGAAGAACAAGGAAAUGGCACUCGUACAAAGGACGCUGUUGAGGCAGCUUCGGUCACAACGGUGGUAAAGAUAGACAAUCCGAAUGACGGCGCGUUGAACCAAGAUGUUCGAAGACGCCGACUCAAACUGCAUCCUAAUCUCAAAGCUUCCCGUAACCAAAGCAAACAACAACCAGCACAAGAGGAAGCGACGGCCAAGAACGUCUUGUAUGAAAUCAUCACGGAAAGGCCUAAGGAGGUACCUUCAAGUGACAUUAGUGAUGCAAAGCCCCUCGCGCAGUCCCCGACUCUGUCAACAGAACAAAAUUCCACCUCCUCAGAGACGCAGGUCAGGACUGUGACUGCUGAAUGUCGUUCCCCACAACCCCACCAUGAAAUCUCGGAUUCCGAUGAGCGUUGUCCACCUGCUAAAUCCCCGCGGAAGAACAAGAAACGCAGAAUCGCCCGCCAGGGUGCGGAAGAGGCGGCGGCGUCGUUGCGGGGAAAGGUGCAGCAAAUCAUGGACAAAGUCAGUGCAAAAUCACCAGAACCCUCCCGCCAACAGGCGCUAACUUCUGCACACCUGCGGGAUGAAGAUCGUGCAAUCACGCUAACUGAGCCCUCUCGCGAUGCUACCGGCCAGGUGUCUCCCAUGUGCAGUGACGAUGUUGAUCAUUGUUUAAAAGAACAACGACAACAUCAUCCUCUUGCGCCCAAGAACCCCAGCACUAUAGACUGGGCGGCGGAACCAGAGGUCGAACACAUGGACGCUGAUGCAACUGAUAUUCCAGUCACUUCCCGAUUUCCCGAACAGCCUUCUACGGCAAUAGAACCGGCACAUGAUGAUAAGUUACUGGAUCCACGGCAGGCAAACAAAGAAGAGGACUCUGACUUCUUUUAA